AUGGCAGCCAUCCGACUUAUACCACUGAAGCACAUGGCGGGCAUCAGCCUACUUGGCUGUGUGCUCAUCAAGUUGCUUCAUCUCUUGGACAACACGGCACAAUCCGCCCUCGUUUUUCUUGCCCUGUUUGCCUCUCAAAUUACCAUUUACUCUGUAUAUGCAGUUUUUGUGUAUCCAUUCUUUGUGUCGCCUCUUCGCCACCUGCCUCAGGCCAAAGGCGGACUCCCCUUGCUUGGUCAUGGAAUCAACAUGCGCAAAAAGGGCCUGGGUGUCAUGGCGAAAAAAUGGAUCGCAGAAAGCCCCAACGAAGGCCUGAUUCGUAUCCUGUGGCAUUUCAACCAGGAAAUGGUCAUUGUCAACUCCCCCCAGGCACUCUCGGAGCUUCUCGUCACCAAGUGCUACAGCUUUGAAAAGCCUCUAUUCGCGCGCAGUUUUCUUGCUCUGAUCAUCGGCUGGGGUCUUCUUACUGUCGAAGGCGACGAGCAUAAGAAGCAGCGUCGCGACAUGCUGCCCGCCUUUUCAUUCCGACACGUAAAGGACCUGUAUCCUACAUUUUGGACAAAAUCGUGCGAAUCUGUGCGCGAGAUUACGGCAUCCUGUGAUGACAAGGGCUAUACCGAGACGGACAUUUCUGGAUGGACCGCGCGCUGCGCCUUGGACAUUAUCGGCCUGGCGGGUGUCGGCGUCGACUUUGGCUCCAUCAAGAACCCAGAGAACCCGCUGGCGCAAAGCUACGAGCUUCUGCAGCCCGCGGACGGAGACAUGGUGCUUCUUGGUCUUCGCGCCUUCUUUCCCGGCUUUAUCAUGAACAACCUGCCGCUUCAGCGGGUGAGAGAUGCUCGAAAAGCGUCCGCCCACAUUCGCGGUGUUGCGCAUGAGCUGAUUCAAGAAAAGAGGCGCUUGCUAGAGAGCAAGCAGGAUGCAGGUCUGGACAUACUCACCGUUGCAAUGGGAGGACGUCUCUUCUCCGAGAAUGCGCUCGUUGAUCAGAUGAUGACGUUUCUCUCUGCUGGCCACGAGACCACCGCAUCUUCCCUCAUCUGGGUGACGUACUUCAUGGCCAAGUACCCGCAUAUGCAGGAGCGUCUGCGUCAGGAGAUUCGCGAUGCUCUUCCUUCUCCAGACAGCGACACUGAAGUCACGAGUGCCGUGAUUGACUCUAUGCCGUAUCUCAACGCCGUGUGCAGCGAGGUACUACGAGUGCACAGCCCCGUGGCACAGUCGAUACGAGUGGCAACCCAAGACACUACCAUCCAAGGACAGUUUAUCCCCAAGGAAACCCUCUUGGGAUUGGUGCCGUGGGCAACAAACACGGACCCCAAGCAAUGGGGCGACGAUGCGCACGAGUUCAACCCAGAGCGCUGGCUGACCCCGGAGAAUGGCGGCAAGAAUGCGACCAAUGCGGCAAGCGGAGGAGCCACCAGCAACUAUGCCUUUAUGACCUUUCUUCACGGGCCUCACAGCUGCAUCGGUGGCGCAUUCGCUAAAUCGGAGCUGGCAUGUCUGGCCGCGGCCUGGAUCGGCCGCUUUAAAUUCGAGCUCAAGGACAAGUCUCUUCUUGACGAAAGCAACAUCAAGAUUAAUCCCAGUGUUGUCGCCAAGCCCGACGGCGGAAUGGAAAUGUGCAUACAGGUUGUUGAUGGGUGGUAA